AUGGCGAAUGGGAUAGUCCGCUCGGUGUCCGCUUUUGUGGCGGCCUGCAACAAGAAGGUGGUCCGCAUCUCAAAGAAGCUCCGUGGGGAAGAAGGCGAGAGCUCCAACGGCGAGGGAACGGCAGCCUGGCGGAGCAAGACUGAGGAGGAGGGGAAGAGGUGGAGCGGAGAGGCCUGUUUGUCGCCCUAUUUUGCAUGGAGCGGCGGCCUGAGGAAGACGGAGGAGGAGAGGAGGCGGAAAGCGGAAGCAUGCCUGUCGCCGUAUCUUGCAUGGAGCGGCGACAGGAGGAGCAAGAAGGAGGAGGGGAUGUGGAACGGGUCGCCGGCGAAGAAGGUGAGGAAGAGGCGCUGCGACGGCGGCGGCGAUGGGCUGUGGCGGAGGACGAUAUUGCUCGGGGACAAGUGUCGGCCACUGGAUUUUGAGGGAGUGAUCCACUACGACGGCGAGGGGAGGCUGCUGGUGGUGCCACCACGUUCGCCCCUGCGGAGCCCGCUGCCGACCUUCCAGCUUCCGUCCGCCGUCUCUUCCGGCAACGACGGAAAAUACUAG